AUGACAACUUCCACCCCGCUUCAUUCCCUCACCGAGCCCCCCCACAUGGUGUCACACCUCUCCACAGACAGCGAGGAUGAGCUUGCGUCUGAAUCACAUCCUCAUCGCCUGCUCAACAUGAAUAACAAUAACACUGAAGAAAAGAAGGAGAUGGAGAACAAGGAAACGGAAGAAAAGGAGGCAAAGGAAAAAGAAGAGAGGGAAAAGGAGAAGGAGAAGGAGAAGGAGAAGGAAAAGGAAAAAGAGAAAGAAAAGGAAAAGGACAAAGACAAGCCCAAAGAGUUAUUCGUCAUCAAUCCUGCUGGGAAUUUGUAUUACAACUGGUUGUUCAUCAUCACACUACCAGUCAUGUACAACUGGACCAUGAUCAUAGCCAGGGCUUGCUUUGAGGAGCUGCAGCAUAACUACAUAAUCUACUGGGUUCUUCUGGACUACACCUCAGACAUCAUCUAUCUGGCUGAUAUGUUCUUCAGGACCAGAACAGGUUACCUUGAGCAAGGCCUGAUGGUGAAAGAUAAGAAACUGCUACGUGAUCGCUACAUCAACAGCUUCCAGUUUCGUCUUGAUUUUAUCUCCAUGCUGCCCACUGACUUCCUCUAUUUCUUCCUCGGCCUCGACUACCCAGAGAUCCGCAUCAACAAACUGCUGAGAAUCAGCCGCUUGAUGGAGUUCUUCACGAGGACAGAAACUAAAACCAACUACCCCAACAUCUUCCGCAUCGGAAACUUGAUCAUGUACAUCCUCAUUAUCAUCCACUGGAAUGCUUGCUUCUACUUCUCUUUCUCCAAAUACAUUGGUUUUGGUGCUGAUGACUGGGUUUACCCGGCUCUGGAUGAUCCUGAUCAGCCUGCGUUUGGGGAGUUUGGUAGGAAGUAUUCGUUCAGCCUCUACUGGUCCACACUGACCCUGACUACCAUCGGGGAAACGCCACCACCAGCACUGGACUCUGAAUUUAUCUUCCAUGUGGUUGACUUUUUAGUGGGGGUCUUGAUCUUUGCCACCAUUGUAGGAAACAUUGCAACCAUGAUCUCCAAUAUGAACGCUGCCCAAGCUCAGUUUCAGUCCCGAAUCGACAACAUCAAGCAGUACAUGCAGGUCCGAAAGGUUGACAAGGUUCUCGAGUUGCGAGUUAUUAAGUGGUUUGAUUAUCUGUGGAAUAACGGCAAAGCACAGGACGAAAGAGAGGUCCUGCGGUAUCUUCCGGACAAGCUCAAGGCUGAGAUCGCCAUCCAAGUCCACAUGGACACGCUCAAGAAAGUUCGUAUUUUUGCAGACUGUGAGGCUGGCCUACUGAUCGAGCUGGUACUCAAGCUGCAGCCACAGGUGUUCAGUCCUGGAGACUACAUCUGCAAAAAGGGCGAUAUCGGCCGUGAGAUGUACAUCAUCAAGGAUGGAAAACUUGCAGUCGUUGCUGAUGACGGCGUCACACAGUUUGUCGUGUUGGGAAGUGGCAGCUAUUUUGGUGAGAUUAGUAUUCUCAAUAUUAAAGGCAGCAAAGCAGGCAACCGGCGAACGGCAAACAUCCGCAGCAUCGGAUACUCUGACCUCUUCUGCCUGUACAAGGAUGACCUGAUGGAGUCACUGCUAGAGUACCCGGAUGCCAAAGGCAUGCUGGAGGACAAAGGCCGGGAGAUCCUGAUGAGAGAUAAUCUGAUAGAUUUGGACCCAGCUAACAUCAUGCCUGAGGCCAAGGAGCUGGAGGAGAACGUCAACAAAUUGUACAACACGAUGGAGCUGAUGCAAUUCAAGCUUAAGAAGAUCCUGGGAAAAUACAAGAACACUGACAAGGCUCUGAGACAUCGCAUCGCAGAUCUGGAGCACCUCACAGGAGAGGAGGUGGAAGACGAGGAUGAAGAGGAAGAAGAGAUGAAAAGGGAAGAGAAAGAGGUGGAAGCAGAAAGGAAGGAUAAAGAAAAAGAGGAAAAGGGCGAGGAGAUAAAAGAAGGCAAAGAAGAAGGUGAAGAGGAAGAGGAAAAGAAGGAAGAGGCAAAAGAGGAGGAGGAAAAAUAA